GUCCUAUCGCGAGAUGAACGUGAUGUUCAGCCGCUAUCCCUGGAAGCUACUAUAGCCCGUCUAUAGCCAGCUACCUAACAGCCAAUAGCUGGCUUGUUGCGAAAACGGAUGUUCCGAGGUUGACAGGUCGAUGUCUGAGGAAGCCCAUUACUGAGUGGCGUGUUAGCUAGCAAAUCAAGAUGGAGUGUGAGUGGAAGCCAGACGAGCAGGGGCUCCAGCAGAUCAUACAGCUCCUGAAGGAGUCCCAGUCGCCGGACACGUCAACCCAGAGAUCCGUCCAGCAAAGACUAGAACAGCUCAACCAGUAUCCUGACUUUAACAACUAUUUGAUAUUCGUUCUCACAAAGUUAAAAUCAGAAGAUGAACCCACUCGCUCCCUGAGUGGACUGAUUUUGAAGAACAAUGUCAAGGCUCACUACCAGUCGUUUCCUAACGGCGUCUCAGACUUCAUCAAGAAUGAAUGUCUACAAAACAUUGGCGAUUCCUCCCCUCUUAUCCGGGCCACCGUGGGUAUCCUCAUCACAACCAUCGCCUCUAAAGGAGAGCUACAGAACUGGCCCCAGCUCCUGCCUAAACUGUGCCUCCUGCUGGACUCUGAGGAUUACAACACGUGUGAGGGUGCUUUCGGAGCGCUGCAGAAGAUCUGUGAGGACUCUGCAGAGAUCUUGGACAGCGAUGUUCUCGACCGCCCGCUCAACAUCAUGAUUCCCAAGUUCCUGCAGUUCUUCAAGCACAUCAGCCCUAAGAUAAGGUCUCACGCCAUUGCCUGUGUCAAUCAGUUCAUCAUCAGCCGAACCCAGGCUCUGAUGUUACACAUCGACCCCUUCGUGGAGAACCUGUUUGCCCUGGCAACAGAUGAGGAGCCUGAGGUGAGGAAGAACGUGUGCCGGGCGCUGGUGAUGCUGCUGGAGGUCCGAAUGGACCGACUGCUGCCUCACAUGCACAGCAUCAUACAGUACAUGCUCCAGCGGACCCAGGACCAGGACGAGAACGUGGCGCUGGAGGCCUGCGAGUUCUGGCUCACUCUGGCCGAGCAGCCCGUGUGUAAGGAGGUCCUGGCCGGACAUCUCCAUCUGCUCACCCCUGUGCUCGUCAACGGGAUGAAGUACUCCGAGAUUGACAUCAUUCUGCUCAAGGGAGACACCGAGGAGGACGAGGCCGUCCCUGACAACGAGCAGGACAUCCGCCCGCGCUUCCACCGCUCGCGCACCGUGGCGCAGCACCACGAGGGAGGCGGUAUCCACGACGACGAUGGCGACGACGACGAUGACGACGACCUGGACGACGACGAGACCAUCUCGGACUGGAACCUGCGAAAGUGCUCUGCGGCGGCGCUGGACGUCCUGGCCAACGUGUUCCGGGACGACCUCCUGGCUCACCUGCUGCCGCUCCUCAAGGAGCUCCUCUUCCACCCGGAGUGGGUCGUCAAAGAGUCCGGCAUCCUGGUCCUGGGAGCCAUCGCAGAGGGCUGCAUGCAAGGCAUGAUCACCUACCUGCCGGAGCUCAUCCCCCACCUGGUGCUGUGUCUGGCAGACAAGAAUGCCCUGGUGCGCUCCAUCACCUGCUGGACCCUCAGCCGCUACGCCCACUGGGUGGUGUCGCAGCCCCCCGACUCCUACCUCAAGCCCUUGAUGACGGAGCUGCUCAAACGCAUCCUGGACAGCAACAAGAGGGUCCAGGAGGCUGCCUGCAGUGCGUUCGCCACGCUGGAGGAGGAGGCGUGCACAGAGCUGGUUCCCUACCUGGCCUACAUCCUGGACACGCUGGUGUUCGCCUUCAGCAAGUACCAGCACAAGAACCUGCUCAUCCUCUACGACGCCAUCGGAACCCUGGCCGACUCGGUGGGACACCACCUCAACAAACCGGAGUACAUCCAGAUGUUGAUGCCUCCUCUGAUCCAGAAAUGGAACGAACUUAAGGACGAAGACAAAGACCUCUUCCCUUUACUAGAAUGUCUGUCGUCGGUGGCCACGGCCCUCCAGAGUGGCUUCCUGCCGUACUGCGAGCCUGUGUACCAGCGCUGUGUGAACCUGGUCCAGAAGACCCUUGCCCAGUCCAUGGUGAGCAACCAGCACACAGGAGGACAUUCUGGAGGCAUUUCUCUCCACCAAUCACAGCCAGAGCAGUACGAGGCCCCGGACAAGGACUUCAUGAUCGUAGCUCUGGAUCUGCUCAGCGGACUGGCUGAGGGGCUGGGGGGCAACAUCGAGCAGCUGGUGGCUCGCAGCAACAUCCUCACGCUCAUGUACCAGUGCAUGCAGGAUAAGAUGCCUGAAGUCCGCCAGAGUUCGUUUGCUCUGCUGGGGGAUCUGACCAAGGCCUGCUUCCACCAUGUGAAGCCCUGCAUCGCUGAUUUUAUUCCCGUACUCGGUACUAAUCUGAAUCCUGAGUUGAUAUCUGUGUGCAACAACGCAACUUGGGCUAUUGGUGAGAUCGCGAUACAAAUGGGGCUGGAGAUGCAGCCGUACGUUGCCGAGGCACUGCGUCUGCUGGUGGAGAUCAUAAACAGGCCCAACACACCAAAGACGCUGCUGGAGAACACAGCAAUAACAAUUGGUCGUCUUGGUUACGUUUGUCCUCAAGAGGUGGCACCCAUGCUACAGCAGUUUAUAAGACCCUGGUGCACGUCUCUACGGAACAUAAGAGACAAUGAGGAAAAAGACUCUGCGUUCCGGGGAAUCUGCACCAUGAUAAGUGUAAACCCCGGAGGUGUAGUGCAGGAUUUUAUAUUCUUUUGUGAUGCAGUUGCAUCCUGGGUAAAUCCGAAGGAGGAUCUACGGGACAUGUUUUGUAAGAUCCUGCACGGCUUCAGGAACCAGGUUGGAGAGGAGAACUGGCAGCGGUUCUCGGAUCAGUUCCCUGCUCCUCUGAAGGAGCGCCUGUCCACCCUCUAUGGCGUGUAGCGCUCACGAGCCAAGGGCCCAGUCAGUCGGGUCAAUCACUAUCUGGAGACGUUGUAGGGAGCCUCUUUCAUCCAGGGAACACAUUGCCCUUUGCAUUAGGGGGUAGGGUCUGCCUGC